GAUGAUCCACACCGCAUCUUUCAAAAUUGACACUCGACAAAAAUAUCAAAAAAUUUCAAACCCAUUUCAUCAGCUCCAAAAUGGCGGAAGGCAACAGCUUGCGCAACGUCCCCAUGCGCCUCAGCAACACCAACGUCCUGACCAGCGAAUUCAACAACAUCUGGGACAACUUCGGCAAAGAGAUGAAGAUGAUGCAGGAAGAGAUGAACAGAUUCCAAGAGGCAAUGUUCAGCAGGGCGUUCGCGUCACCUCACGGCUUCACCACGCCACUGAUCCAAGACGGCAAGGACGGCCAGCGUCAGCUGAAGCUGCGCUUCGACGUGAGCCAGUACGCACCGGAAGAGAUUGAGGUUAUGACGGAGAACAACUAUCUUCUGGUGCACGCCAAACAUGAGGAUAAUGAUGGUACCAAAAGGGUUUAUAGGGAGUACAACCAGCAGUUUAUGCUGCCCCAGGGUGUUACUCCAGAUGUUGUGCAGAGCAACCUGAGUGCCGAUGGUGUCUUGACGGUGGAGGCGCCUAUACCUCAACUGCCGGAAGUGCAGAAACAUUUGGCUAUUAGGAGAUGAGAUCGUGAAGGGGUUAGGUUUUGGGAUCGUGGUAAUAACUUAAGGGAUGCAACAUUAUUUACGAAUACAUAUUUUGUAGUUACAAUAAAGCUGAUCGUUUGAUUUUUGA